AUUCAUUGUUAACCGCCAUAUUUGCAGCAGCACCUCCAUUAUGCUUAUUAAUAGUGAUUCUUGAUACGCGCGCUGUAUUUAUUCGAAGUUAUCUUAAGAUACAAAGUAACUGGCGUCAGUGUUAUAACACCUAGAAAUAUAUGACGAAAUGGCAACUAUUGAAGAAAUAUCCGAAGACAAGUUUAAUAAUAUUAGGAUUAUUGUUUCACGCUGGUAUGAUCGCCGUCAUUUCGUCAGCAUGCUUAAAGUCGUGUACAAAGACCAUUUGGAAAAUAGCAUUUUGUCCAACGAUAAAACUACGAUUGACAUUUUGAAUUCAUUGUAUGCUGCUGGGCACCUAAGUUCUACUGAUCCUACUCUACUUUACGAGACAAUUAAACUCACUAAUCAGUUGGGUCUUGAAAAAAAGAUUAAAGCUGUACUGCCAUCACUCCCAAAUAUUAGGGAAAUUGCCAUUUCAAGGUUCUCAGACCACAGACAAAGGAUCGUUAAGUUUGGACAUGCAUUGAUUGAUGAUCACAUACAAGCCAUCGAUGGUAUACAUAAUAAUCCAAAAGAGAAAUAUAGUGACGGCUGGUGUAUGAUCAGCGAUUUAGAAUAUAAGCUGAAAAUUUGUAAAGGAAAACGAAUGGACAAAUUCAUUAAAAAAUUAAAGACGCUGGAACUAGAUAAUCUCAUCAGGAUCCUAAAAGAUAUUACUCCAAACCGGAAACGGAAACAUAAAAAAACCAUAGAGGAUGUACAAGUGCAGCCCAGAGGAAAAAAGAAGAAAAGUAGAACGCCAAAUAAGAAGUGAAGUCAAAUUGCUAUUUCUGAACAUGACUACCUCCUUCUACUCGAUGCUGUAUCAACGCGGUGGCGAGAUCGUGGAAAUAUUAAAAUGCUCAAACUUUUGCUAAGACAAUUUAGGCCAAGUAUCAGUCAGUUGGACCUACAAAAGACGAACGAUGUAAUGAAUUUGUUCAAAUUGCUGAAGGCAAAGGGUGUGUUAAACAAAAUCACAGCUUAAUGUGCUAUUCGAAGCUAUUAGGAUUUGUGGUUUAGACGUCGUAGAGCCCGACAUACAAGAUAUUUUGCCAUCAUUCCAAGGUUUCAAUGAGGUGAACAUCAAAAUAUUUUCUUUCUAUCUGCAAAAACUCAUCAGAUUCGGCAGUAGUUUGAACUUUGAGUCUAUUAAGAGAAUUGGUCAAGUAACCGGCAUCAAUAAGAAAGGACACAAAGACGACCAAUGGGUUCUGAUAUGUGCACUAGAAGACACGGGUACAAUCAAAGAAGACUCAUUGACGGAUUUUAUUACAUUGCUGAAGAGGAUUAAAAUGAACCAAGUUGCUGAUUUGUUAAAAUAAUAAUUUCAUAAAACCUUCGUUAUACCUACUUUAACACUAAAGUUCAGUCUAGACUAACAGAUUUUAUCUUUGAAAAACUGAUGCAUGCCCAUAUUAGUCAUAAUCCUAUGUAACAUCUUCAGGCAUGUUACUUUUUUUUUUGUAAACUUUUAUAGUCUGGACUUGGCUUAAUAUAACGAAAUUUAGUUUUAUUGAAGUAUGAUACAGCAUCAGUGUUGUAAAACUUGAAUACAUUUUGCUGCAUCAGCACUAACUUAUUAAUGUAACGGCCUUUCCUUAAAAUAAUAAUUUAUGUUUAAUAAGCCAAUUCAUAGUCAUCUGCAUUUGCGUAUCCAAAGAAGAUCUACAUAAUAAACCUAUGUUGUGUGUAUCUUUGUUUAUGUCGAUUGACCUUGGUACGUGCAUAGAGAAAAUAGUACGUGCAUGCACAGUUCAAACUGCAAAUUGGCUUAUAUUGGUCGAGCUAAUGAAAGUUAAAAUUUAUGUUUAAUGUUUCACGUUAGUAGUUGUAUAAACAUUUUAGAAUAAUUUCCCUUAGCUAGCAGAAUUGUACAAAAAAACUGUAAUAAGGUAGUCUAUGAAAAUUAAAUUUUGGAUGUAUAUAUUUGUAAUACUAGUCGUAAAAUUUAGGUUAGAAAAUCAGUACAAGAGUUGUCUUUUACACGAGCGUCUGUUAAAUAUUUUAUGUAUCAUUCUUUAUUUAAAUACAAGGAAUACAUCAAUAUAUACAAUAUCAUCUCUUUUAUUAAAUUGUUAUUAAAUCAACUGCACAAGUAACAACAAUAUUUAAAUGGUAAUAUUUAAGUAACAAAAAUAAACAUAAAAAAAAAUAUGUAUAUUCAUUGUAUUUAAAUUCGUGUUUUAUAAGGUGUGGGAAAUGUCCGCGGGGAAAUCGUACAGGUGGGGGGGGUGAAACAGUCCUGGGACAAAAUGUCACGUUGGCAAAUUUUCGGGGAGCAAAAUACCGGAAGAAAGUGUCCAGGGGGGGGGGGGGGGGGGCAACCAGCCUAGAUCCCAUUUUAUUAUUAUUGUGAAUGAAAUCAUCUUAGGUUAAUCAUCUUUUUACUUUUGGUCAAAAGACAACGUGUCAAACACGUUACCAGUUUUACAAAAGUGAACAUAUAAUUCCCCCAUUAAGUGACACUUACCUGGAAGUUAAAAUGUGAUGAGGAUUAACUAUGAAGUCAUCUUACACGAAAGAGAUUACCGUCAUAAGAGAGCAUCUUCAGAUUUACUUAUUAUAUUACGUUGCAUCGUACACUAACAAAAUUGUGGAUGAGGGUCGGCAUGAGAUCAAAUUUGAGUAAGAUGACUACAAUUAUAAUCUCCAUUAAACUUUCAGGUAAGUAUCGCUUAAUGGGAUGAUUUUUUACGUCACCAUGUACUCCACUGAAUCCAUGGAACGUUAAAGCAACAACUAGAGAAUUAGUUCUGAAUUUAACAAUUAUCAAAUUACCAAAGCUGAACCUACUGUAAAGACAUUGUCAACAAACAAACAAAUUAUCAGAUUUGUUAAACAGAGGUUUAUCAUAACUUGCAAAAGUAUAAAACCAUUCUGUUGUGUUAUACAGCUGCUCGUUAACUGUGAAACCUGAAAAUUUUUUUAUCUGUAAUAGUUUGUGAUAUAACUUCACGAAUCCAUCUACUUAUAGUAUAUUUUGUUACCGCCUUAUGUUUAAUAAAACUGAUAAAAUUUUACGAUGUUAGAUUUUAAAUGCAAUUUGUCUGAGAUAAAUAUUCCUCUAACCCAUUAUACGAACACAUAAUUUUACAUCAAAGAUGUAGUGUUUAGAAAGAAAUAAAAAGCAAGAAGCAAAUAUUACGAAUUUUCCUCCUUUCUCAUACCAAUCACAUGAAGGGACUGACUAAGUACCAGCCAACACUUGAGCUAAAGUAACACAUUUUAAGAUAAACUUC